AUGGACAAACUUAAGUCAAAAUUUCAUUUUGAAAUAUCUGAGAUUAAAAAAUUAUAUACGCAUUACCAAAAGGCAAUGAAUGGCAUCUUGCAACCUAAUCGAAGAUUUAAACCCACAUCAUCAUCAUCAUCCAAAAAUGGAAAAUCGAAUUCUACCGUUUAUGAAGAGAAGGGCUUUGUUGUUUUUAUUAAAAAGCACAACGAAUACAUUACUGGAAAUUUCCAUCAAGCUCUUCAGGACAUGUCAAGUACCUAUGAACAAAUAAUAGGCCUUAAAUCCGCUCGUGAUAGCCACCUUCAAACGGAACUUUUCACUCCUAUACAAAAUAGCGUUCUAAAGGAUUUAAACUAUAUUUCUAAACUUAAAAAAGACGCUUCUGAAGCAGAAAGUGAAGUUAAUUCAGCUCGAAAAGGUACAGAAAAGAAUCCUCAAGAUCAAGCGGCAGUAGACAAACUAAGCAGGGCUAAUAGUAACCUUACUCGGGCGAAAGAGAACCUUCAAAGGGCCAUCAGUACAUUUGAACGCGACGAGCCGAACCGAAUCAAUAUGUUUAUCCAGGCAGCCCAAAUUCAACAGGAUUUUUACAAAAACGCGGCAGAUUCCUUUAGCCAAUUAGUUGCAAACCUUCGAACAAUAAAAGAACGAUCGAGCGACAGUGCCUAUAGUAAUGAGAACACCCCAUACAGCGCACCGAAGUCGAAUGGCGAGGGCUUAGGUUACACAACAACCCUAAAGGAAUACAAUUAUUCAGCGGCUGAUCAUAAAGGAACUGUUGAGACUUGUAAAUGCAGGGCACUUUACGAUUUCACGGCUGAAGCAGAUGAUGAUUUGAGCCUUCAUAAAGGCGAUGAGCCAACGAUAAUAGAACAGGUGGAUGACCAGUGGUACUAUGGGGAAUUAAAUGGCAAAAGGGGUCACUUCCCAGUGGAAUUCGUUGAGAAAAUAUAA